AUAAGGUAACCAAAUGCUCUCUCCAGUAAACUUAGCCUUGUAACAUUACCACAGGCCUGAGUUGGACCUUGAACCGUGGAGUGGCGCAUGCAGAGGCGUGUUAGAAUGAGUGCAGUCUGAUUGCCCAAAGGUGAUGGAAGCCAGCACUGAGAAUAUUUGUUAGGCAAGGAAACCAUUGCUGCAAAUUCAGAGGGCUCUGAGAGCAAGAGCCCACACUUUAGCAGUGUGUUAAUGAUGCUCUGGCAAGUUCGACUCUGAGACGGGGGCUGGUAGAUGAAUAUGUGAGGAGUAUGCACAGAGUUAUGUGUUUGGUCUAGUCUGAGACUUUGCCAUACCACUGAUGGGAUCAAUUCUAUGAGAAAGGAUCUUGACUUGGGGAAGAAAACAGUUUAACAGAGCUGGUGCUUUGCUUUGGCUGAUAUGUAAAGGCUUACCACAAGAGAAAGUAUGCAGUCAAACCAUAGAUGUUUGGACCUUGAAGUCAGCACCUCUGAACUUAAAAUCACUCAGACAGCCAAAGGCAUGGAGGUUCCUCUUAACGCUAUGCACGUCUCAUUGUUUGCAGAGGACCAAAAUGGAAAUGACAUUACUUGCCUUAGUGACCAUUCAUCUGGUUCACCAAGGGGCAGCUGUAGUCAUGGUAAGACAAACAGCCCUGCUGAUGUAGAGAUGAUGGAGGACUGUGUCAGUGAAUUGAUUUCAACUACAAGCAUAAUUAAAAAAGUGGAUAUGCAAUCCAGUGCGGCCACAGUCAGCUGUAUGAAAACUGCAGAUGACAACUGUAACCAGAAUGUGACAUUUAUGAUCUCGGGACUGCAUAAUGGCAAUAUUGAUUCUGAAAGUACCAUGCCAGAUGUCCAUGGUCUCCCUGUAAAGAAAUAUGACGGCAUUGACACUGACGCACAACAGGCCUUUGUCAUAGGAUCUGUUACUCCGUCAUGCUCUAGCUCCAGUGAGAACUACAACUCUGUGAGCUCUGGUGAGAUGCUAAUUAGGAGCAACAGUUUUAUCAUUCAUGAGUCUGAUCAACUACUCAGUGCCUCAGUCUUGGAGGAAUCUUUAGAUAUGCCUUCUGAUGUUGGCCCGAUACCUGGCUUGCUGCCUGAUGUUUGUGAGGGUCUUGUUAAUAACAUGGUCAGUGCUACAGGACAAAACAGCAAACAUCCAGACUUUGGAGUCACCUUCAUCCAGCCAAGCAAUCAGACAUUCACAAUGGAAGAGGAUGUCUUUCAAACAAUUCCUCAUAAUGGACCUGGGGAAAGCAGAGCUUCACAUUUGGUUGCAGGGGUUAAUCAUUCUGAAUGUGUCACACCAGUUAAUCUGAAGAAAAGUCAUAUCGAAGCUGAAAGAUCCACUCGCUCCACAUCGGCUGAAGGAAAAAUAUUCCAAAUUCCAACAUGUGAGGAACUAGACAUCAGUGGUAAUGCUCAGACCUCUACUCCUGUUCAGUCUAUGAGCUCUAAAACAUUUUGCUUUUCAGACUCUCCUCUUAACAAGAGUAAGAAUGAUUUCGGGAGUCCAUUGGCCCACGUCAUGAAAGAACAGCAAAGUUCUGUCUGUCCGAAACCUAAAACUUCAUUGACUACAUCUACUAAAAGUAAUAAGUUAGAAACUAAGAAGUAUGCCAAGCCUGACUUCAGUAAUAUAAAAUCUAAAAUAAUGUCUAGACCCACCAAUGCCUCAAAGCCAUCAAGUGCGACUGUUUUCAGUGCUUCAUCAAAUACAAGACAGCACAAAAACCAGACUAGACCUUCCCAUUCCAUGCAAAGUAUAGCAUCUCCUGCCAAAUCGACCUCUGCAAUUUCUUCCAGCUCCACUCUCGCAUGUGGUAGACUAAAGAGGGAUCAGAACAAUGUGAUUAAAAGAACUCACUCAUCCACUUGUCAAGAUACUGCACCUGCUCCAAAGUCCCGGCCUCGCACGUGGUCUGAGACUUCCAGCUCAUUGAAAACUAGUGGAGAAGACACAAGUGUAAAGGAGCCACAGGUUGGUAGGAUCAAAAACACCUUUACUAAUGCAAAAAGCUCAUCUGUAGGAGGUUUUCUGAGUCGGACUAGCCUGACCAAACUUGGAGACAGACAUGCUUCUUCUAGAGAAGAAAAAUGUCUCAGGAAACCCCAGAGAACCAGUCCAAAAGCAGACUCGUCCCGGUCGGUAGGAGCAGCGCUGUGUGAUUGGCGCAAAGGCAGUCUUGGCUCCCAGCCAUUGUCAUCCAGGGCAGGAGGCACUUCGUCUGCGCAAACUCCAGCUGCAAGCCUUCGGCCACCUCCUCUGUCUGCAUCAAAGCUUAAGCCUGGCACGGCACGGAAAAAUGGCUGCACCACCACUGACAUGCCUUCUCCGAGGAGCAAACUGAGCACAUCUGGAGGUAAUCCAAGCAUGCGUGUUAACGAAGGUGCAGGAACCGAGGGUCCAGGGGGAACCGUUUCCAGGUUCUCUCUUCCUGCUGGCCACCAGCAUUCAUCAGCCUCAAAACUGCCAAUGAAGACAAGGACCCAGAUCAAAAGCUUGAGUGCCUCCAGUGGACACACAAAGCCUGAUUUGGAGUCACCUUCAGGAGCUUUGGGAAAACCUCCCACCAACAGGACCACUUCAUUAAGAACCAGGCUCCAAAGUCUGUCUCCCAAAGUCUCAUCUUUUGGAAACAAGAACCCAUCUUCACUGUCACAUGCAUCUGUGAGGUCUGCAGUGAGCGUCUCAAAACCCCCUGCUUCAUCACGACCUGCUCGUCUUACUGCUACAUUUUCAGUUGACAAAAGCAAGGCAAAGGGGAGCUCACGGAGCCAGCAGCAGGGCCACACCAACGGCCAACCGGACCUGGUGCCACCAGAGACCAAGCCACGAGGAUUGGACUACUACAAGGCUCUGUGUGAGAAAAAGAACCAAACCAUCCAGCAGCUGAAGAACAGCUUUAUUGCUAGCAACCGCAGAUUUGAGGCCAUCGCUGUUGUUGUACAAAACCUUUACCUACAGCAUGAAGAAUCAGUGAAACGGCGUCAGGAGCGUUCUGUGGAACUGCUCAACCUGCGUGAGGAACUCGUGAGCUCAGUGCAGUCAUGCGAGCGUCUGGAGAAGGAGAAGGAAGAGCUGCAUGUGGCCUUCGAUGGAGUGCUGCAGAAAGUGCAGGAGCAGCACCGCCUGGACCUGGCUGACCUGGAGGAGCGUCUGAAAACAUUCUACUCAACAGAAUGGGAGAAAAUCCACCAGUCCUACCAGGAAGAAGCAGAGAAGUACAAAGCCCUGAUGGAGCAACAGCUGGAGGAACUGAGAGCCAAACAUGAGGCUCUGCAGAAAGAACUGGAAGAAAGCCAUGAAGAGAAGGUUAAGGGCCUUAAACAGCACUAUGAAGAAUCUUUUGAAGAACUCAGAAAAUCUCAUGAGCAGGAGAUGCAAGCUCUGCAAAAAAUGCAAGAAGACACAGAAGUCGAGUUAUCUAAUCAAAUUGAGGAGCUCACUACAGCAAACACCUACUUCAGUGAGAGGCUGAAAGCUGAGGAGGACCGAAGGAAGGAACUGGCUGAGAAAUGUCAGAAGGACUCUCAUACCCUCUAUCUGGAGCAAGAGCUAGAAAGUCUGAAAGUGGUGCUGGACAUUAAGAACAAGCAGAUCCACCAACAAGACAAGAAGCUGAUGCAAUUGGACAAACUGAUGGAGAAAAAUGUGAAGAUUGAUGAAUGUCUUAAGAAAGUCCAGCAAGAAAAUGAAGAUCUAAAAGCCAGGAUGGACAGACAUGCGGCAUUAUCGAGGCAACUGUCCACAGAGCAGGCAGUCCUGCAGGAAUCACUUCAGAAGGAAACAAAAGUGAACAAGCGUCUGUCAAUGGAAAACGAGGAGCUGCUGUGGAAGCUACAGAAUGGAGACCUGAGCAGUCCACGCAAGAUCUCCCCCUCUUCCCCCUCCGUGACUCUGCAGUCCCCUCGCCACUCAGGCCUUUUCUCCAGCCCCCCCGUUUCCCCCAGAUAACACUGGUCAUCAGCUUCCAGGAAGCAUCUUCUCAAACACUUUGCCAGGGACAGAGUUCUCAUCUACACUGAAGGCUAUAUUAGCUGUGUGGGUCCACAUGUGGGUCCACAUCCUGUCACCUGAAGGACAUUAAUCCAAAAUGGAUCUACUCUCAGGUGAAUCUUGUACGGUUGAAAGACUAUUAAGACUGAUUAAAGGAUUGCACAGAUGCACUUAAUCAAUAAGGCCACCUUUUUGUACUUUGCCUUUCACGUUUGAUUUUGGAAGAAAAAUAUCUCAGGGCUUGUACAUAAUUUCUCAUCUUUUUUUGCCACUAGACCUUCCUCCUUUGUUUUUUGUCCUUCAUUAUCUGGCUAUGUUUGAAUGGAAUGGCAAAAUGCUCUAUUUUAUGUCUUCAGUUUCUAUGCAUAUGACUUGUGUGCUAUCAAAAUAACAUUAUGACUGCGUUUGACAUUUUUUUAAAAGCUUUACCACUAGCAGCCUUUUACGAGGACCUGUAUUCCAUCACUACAAAAACAUAUUCCUAGCAUUAUACUCAUGAAAACUUUCCAGAUGCUACUUGACAGUUUAAGGAUAGGUAAUUCAUUUUCCCAUUAGAUUUUUCUCUUUUCCCCCUAUAUUUGAAUAGCAAGGUAUCAAAUAUUGGGGAAAAAAUUUAUUUAAAUGUAGACUCAUGACAUUUUUACACAAGUCAUUUUCAUACCCAAGUGUGAAACCAAAUGCUUGGACAGAUAUUCCUAUGUAGUAUUCCUAAAAAAAAAAAAAAAAAAAAACUUUAGAAAUGCUUAAGGGAUGCAGAUGUAUUCUCUGCAUUUUGAAUCAUUAUUUGAACCAUAUAUAUUACAAUGAUAUUUUAAAGACAGAGUCCCACAAACUGAAGACUGAUGAACAGUGUAUUUGAUAUUUCAGAGAAUUAGCCAGUACUUCUAGGAAUGAAAUUCUCCUGGCAGUGUAUGUUUUAAAUAUGAAUACGGGUUUACGCGAUUGUUCACUACUGUUGACCCCUGACGAGAUACUGGUGUACUUUUUGUUCGUCCUCUUUUCCUUAACUAUUCUUUAUGACCAUGGGACCAACGUAUAUGACUGUUUGUGCAUGUUCAAGUGGCCUCAAGAGCAACCCCCAGUGUUGAACCUCUCUUUCUGCAGCUUUAAGGAUUGACUAUUUCACAUGUGUGAAUACGGUUUGGUUGUGAGAGCAAAAGAAAUUAAGAGCUAACAUGGAACUUGGUUGUGUGUCGCAAAGAUAUCUGUGUGAGUAUUAAGUUUAUUGGUGUGAAGCUGAUUUUUUUUUUUUUUUUUAAGAAAUAUGCAAUUAAUAAAGUCAUUAAAAGCACUUGCUUUGUUCAUUUCAAAGUCUAGUGCAUUUUUAAUAAAGUAUUUUAGUUAGUAGUACCCUUUCAUAUGGAAAUGGUUAAAACUUACCAUAUGUAAUGAUGAUAUCAGGACAAAUGCAGAGUUACAGAAAGCUUAGGUAAGAUUGGUCUAAGUAAAAGUGGAAAGUGAAGAGUGUGUAACACUGAACCAAAAAUAAGCACAGGCUCCACUCUGCACUCCGCAUUCCACAUACGGAGUCCAUUAGAGGCUUAGCACACUUUCCACCACAAGCUCCACCAUCCGCUUAUUUUAUUUUCACUUCCAGCAAUGCAAGACCAUGUUAAUAUUGAGGUACAGAUAAUGAUUGUAGCAUUAAAAAAAAAAAAAGAAAAAAAAAAAA